AGCUAUUCAUAUUCAAAGGAAGUGUUCAAUAGUUGGCCGAUACUCGAGUUCAAUACUUGGCUGAUAGUGAAGUUCAAUACAUUCCUAUGCUAACCGUUGAGCCAGUGCUUGAAUACGGACGAGCUCUUAUAGUGUGUCACUAGAGAUCUGCUGUUAUUUUAGUUUAAUUGUUGGUUUCAUCUUAAGGAUUAAAAACAUAUAAAUGUAUACGAAACUUCUAUUGUUGUUUUUUGGUUAAAUAUGAUUGUAUAUGCGCGGCCGUGUAAAGUUUAUUACUGUGUUUAUUAUUUUGUAUUUGUGAUUUCCAUGUAUUGAAUCGGUCGAUUGAUUUGUGAAUAAAAGCGUAUAAAUACCGAGCAUAGCUGUACAGGUGGUCUACCAUUUUGAAGUGAAUUUAAGUGACACAUUUUCACCAUAUUUACAACUGUUGAGUGCAUCUCGAAUGGUUCUUGCUAACAUGAUAGUGUUAUCAAUGUGACGAUUCAAUGGAUACAUAUUCCCUUGAGGCACACACACACAUGUGUUAAUUCUUCUGAGACUAAUGAAUUAAAUGUUUCCCGCUUUAAAGCAUUCUGUGAAAAUUAGGAUUAUAAAAAAACAUAGUCCAUAAACUAUUUCAAACCUGUCACAAAAUAACCUGCGUAUCUCUAAGCUAAUAUGCCAUCAAAACGUGUUGAGGUUUACGCGUAAUUUCGUUGGUUAAUAGUGUACGCACGAAGUCAUUGACUAUGGACUCAGAGGUGCAGAUAGUUCGUGCAAUAUUACGUCAGAAUGAGUUUUUUCUACGACGUCACCUUAUAUUAUCAAAGACUGUCCUAGACAAACUCAAAGACAACAACCUCAUUACCGAUAUCAGCCGCAGGAAAAUUCUGUUGGAGCCUGCCCAUAGACAGGUCCCGGUACUUAUCAACUGUUUAGAGAACAGAGGUAUCCAAUCCUUACGCAAGUUCUUGGAUGUGUUGAGGGAGACUGGACACGGGUGGAUUGUGGAACAGCUGUUGGAUACAGACAUUAGUCUUGGUGGAAAAGCCAGGAGUAAAGAUGAUAUAGGUUACAGAGACCGUCACCAGCCUACCUACUCUAGACCCAACGCCCAGACAACAGACUACUUUAGCACUAAAAGGACUAGGUUCGAUACGCUAAGGGAAGAUAACCGCAGGAGCUUAACGGCGGGACAGGAAAGUGGUUUGUCGUUAUCCACCUUGUUGAAAUUAAGGGAACCAGUCGAUGAAGCUGAAGCUGUUCCAAGGGGAGUAAUUCAUGCAAGAACAAUGUUGGCAGAUCCCAUUGCCCAAGGUUACCCCCCACAUCCUGCCUUGCUUCCAGGCUUAGGUUUACCACAAUACACCCAGCCCCCAGUGAUGUUCCCAAGAUCGAAAGAUGAGAUUCCAAUGACUUUAUUUGGCCUCAAUCAAGCUUUCUCAGACCAGGAUCAGAAGAACCAGCAGGCACUGUCCGUCUUGCGCCAGGAAGAGGUGGCCAUCAAGCAGCUGAUGGAGCAGAACUUGAGGGACCAGGGCAACGUCCGGCGGAAACAGGCAGCCGUCCAUGACAUCGUCAAUCGGCUGAAGGACAUCCACAAUCGAGCUAAAGACGUGUAUGAGCCUUCCCCUCAGCCAAACAUCAGCCGUUACAGGCUGGCCCAGUUGAAUCAGAUCCCUUGGUCCAUUGAUGGGUAACUCAUAUUGGCUACACUGUAAAGCCUUUUGUUAAAAAAAAAAUUGCAUAUAUGUAUUGGCGUUUUAAGUGUUAUUAAUUAUUGCUUGAUGUGACAUACACACAUAUAGUUUUUAAAAGAAUUUCUAUGAUUGCUACUGUGUAAUAUUAUCAUUCUAUUUUUGUACAUUGCGUUCAUUGUUGUUAUUGUAAACUCUGUGCGUUCGGUCCCAUUUGUGAAAAGUCAAUGUGAAUGUGUUAUCUGUGAGACAGGGGCGUAGCUAGAAAUUUGCCAUCAUUUGGGGACCCGGGGGGCUUGACCUCUUUGGGGGCCCCUGCAUUUGCGUACUAUUUAAUAUUUAAAGUAAAAUAACACUCAUUUUGGGGCACACCUCAAGAUGGGGGCCGCCGGAAUUUUGAAAUUCUCCCCUCCCCCACCCUAGCUACGCCACUGCUGUGAGAGGUUAAUUAUAAGUCCCUAUUUGAAUAGGCCUCGAUAAAAACAAGUCUGAGCAGUACUAGGCACAAUGUUUUUUUUAAUAAUUUAUAUAAUAAUAAGGCUUGUCAUCGAGUCCGAAGAUUAAUGAGGAAUGCAGUAUUUCCCGUGGCCACGCAGCAUCCCCAGCUGUGACCUAGAUAUGUUCAAUAAAAUUACUGGGACAUUAUAUUUUCACUUUGCAUGUCCGUUACAUUCAAGACCUGGGCUUGGUUUGCAUAGACGCCAUAGAGUAUCUUCGUCUUUCUGCAGUCAUUUGCUAACGGUAUUUCUUGUUCCUUCAUAACCAGAAACCCUUAUCAGUAAUUAUCACUGAAAACUCCGCGCUAAGACGAUUAUAGGUCUUGAGUCCAUAGUAACAUAGCUCCACUGAUAUUAUUGUCCGUAAAAAACAACAACACUAAGAUGGUUGUGGUUAAAUGCUAUGCUCAGACAAUAUGAACUGAGUGGGUUCAUAUUACCAGAUAUUUUAACAGAGUGCAAUAUAAAUGCCAAUAAAAGAUUUAACCGAUAAGAAAUAUUCACUGUAUGGAACACAAUAUUGCUCUGGACUGUCGUUCGGCGGUCUCGAAGGUUCCGAGAUCGAACCCUGUCCGCUGCCAUCCCCCGGGACUCACGCGGGACGUUUUGGCUAGGAUGUAGUCUCCUUAUCUUCAGAAUCUGAAGAAACAACCAAAACAUGCCAAACAUUAAAAAAAAACAACAACACAACAUUUUGCAAAGAAUUUAUUUUCUCUUUGAUUCUUAAAAAUGUUUUCUUUCUAGAAUUAUGGUGCCUUAAGGUUGCCUGAAUCAGCCAGGAAAAACAAGGACUUAAUUUUAAGUCUGUAAUUAACAUGCACGACUAGAUUAACGCAUAGUUACGCGAUCGACGUAACAAUCUACUGUUUUGAAAGAACGUCUGUAAUCCAUACCAUGAUAGUGUCACAUAGUAGGCUCUGUAAAUACCAGUGACAAUAAAUCACCAGUGGCAAUGACAACACUUUGACAGGUCAAUGCAAACUAAAACUCAAUAAAGCUCAAUGCACUGUGACAUUCAAUAUAAGUCAUAUAUCAUUUGUGGGAUUCAUUAUUACUGCCGGACUUGUAACCAUUUUUUUAAAGACCAAUUUUGUUAUUGCUAAAAUAAAAGAUAUAUAAAUAACCAA